AUGUCUUCCAGACGGCUACUUGAGAAAGUCCUUGGAGGAAACCCAUUUGCGGACCUUUGGAGGAAACGAAUCGCCAAGUCUCGAGUGAUAAGAUUACCUAUCCUUGUCUUACAAGAGGCCUUGCGGCAGCAAGAGAUUCAGUCGGCAAGCAACAGCACAUUGCUGAAAUUGCUUCCGACGCCCAAAGAGUACAGAAUCAUGCUUCGACACCCGUUUCUGGCAGGUCAUACGCCUAAAGCUAUCGAACGAUACGUGUAUAUUUUACGGGGCCGAAACGAUGAUGAGAGGUGCGAGAGAUAUAUGGAGGACCCAACGUCGAUUCCGUUGUUCAUAUUUCACUUCCUUGUCCGUCAAUCUUCCGGUAUUAGCGAUGCGGUCACGUUGCAGAGAAUGAUCGAGUCUUCACGCGCCUAUUACGAGAACGAAAGAGCGAGGAGCGUGGUUCUGGAGAAUAGCCGCCAAGACACUAGAGACAGACCAGAAAAGAUGCUGGAUACCAAACAAACAAACUUCAGCUUAACUAUGCAACUAUUAGUUCAUCAUUGCCACCGCCUAGAGCCAAGAUUUGUUGUGAAGUUGGCCGAUUCGGCUGCAAGGUACAUUGAGAACAUUUCGAUUUCUGCUACAGGAGGCAUAAAAGUAUACAUAACCCAAUGCGACCUUUUCAACGAGUGCUUGCAGAUUUUACGACCUCAGUCACGCUUCCAAAUGGCCCAAAGAGCCACACCGAAUGCUUAUUUCUGGGAGGCGCAAAGAAUUCUCCUGUCCAUGUCAGCAGGUCUGUCGAAACCCUUGCUUGUCGAUAGGGCUGGAUUUCGGGCGAUUCGAGAAGUGUUAUCAGGCCAGCCCAAGAACCAUGCAGAGGUCUACAGCGCAGCCCGCCAUGCUCCAAGCUGGCCUCCCUAUUUGCAGCCAGGUCACGGAAUGGAUGAACGCACGGAGCCAGAAGACAACUGGAGCCGCGCUGUAAGUGCGGGCAUGCUCAUGCAAGAGGCUGGAUUUGCCAAAGAAGAGGCCGACGAUGCGGUGGACAUAUUACAAGGUAUGAAGCAGGAUGGAAGUCCAACCAUUCAACAGAGAGCCAUGAUCUCGAAAAGGCGAAUAAUUGGAGUGUGGGAGGCAUCUAUCCGUGCCACGCGAAACGCUGAAGAAGCGUGGGAUCGGUUCCGCAACCCACCGAAACAUGGAAUGAAGCCAGGUUUGGAGCAUUAUUCGGCCAUGUUUGAGAAGCUCGUGCUGCGAGAAGUUGAGCCCGACGGCCGGAUAUCGCCCGGUGACAAAGCCUUGAACUUUUCUACGCAACAUGAGGCUAAUCUGACAGAGUUUGAAAGAGCACGCUUGCGCCCGCCCAGUAUAUCUGAGCUCUACCAGCGUAUGAGACUCCAUGGCAUCCAGCCUGACGGCCCCUGUCUUCGUAUUCUAGUCGCCAAUGCCGCGUCUUUGGAGAUAGCUCACCAAUAUUUACGUGACAGUCCCGACAAGAGUCAAAUUAUUCGAAACCUGACUGCCGAAGAGCCGGAUGCCGUGGGUCUGAGAAUGGUUCCGAUAGCGUUAUUCGCAGCAUAUCUCCAAGCAUGCUUGCGAGUGGAAGGGCGGCACGCUGGUAAUCAACUUAAACGUGUUAUUCGCCUCGCUGAAUCAAGGCUGGGUAACAGGCAAUGCCGGUGGGCGCCUUUUAUAUGGGGUAACAUUCUGAAGGAACUGUCGCAACACCACCAUGCUCUGAGGAUCUCGCUGCAUCAACAAUUUGCUUUGAUGUUGAGAGUGACGGAUACAAUCGAGAGGGUAGACGGACUUCAUCUGUCCACAUUUGCUCAAUUCCACAAAGGUGUUCGAAAAGCGGUACGACGACAGCUUCAUAAUCUACUCUCCGAGGACGUUGACACGGACAGUUUUGCAAAGAGCCCGUUCGCGCAAGCGCUCUUCCACCAGGCGCGGGUGGCAAGCGUGGACAGUACGCACCCGCGGCAGAGUCUGGUGCAUGGGGAACCAGGAGGGGAGGAUUCUUCCUCCACGACGGCGGGAGCUGCAUUGGCACUCGUUCAGGAAAUCAGGACGCGGAUAAAAUACAUGUUCUGGACACUGGCGCGGAAGGAGCGGCACACCCAAGCGUAUCUUGACGGAUGUCGAGUAGCACCGCUAGACGCCAUGAAUACUCGACGGGAUGUGGCCCGAAGUGACCACGCCCAUGACUACAUGCUGACGCUGGGAUAUUUGGGGGACUUUGAAGAAAUGGGACGGCUGCUGGAGUGGCUGGUACAACAAUGGGGUCAAUUCAACGUGGUAUCGGCCAUGAAUGAGAUGGAUGAGGCUCCGCCACAUGCAAACUUUUUUGAGACGCUGUGCGUCUUCCGAUUGGUUGCAGAGCCGAUUCUCGGAAAUGACAGAGUGUCGUCGCUCCUACACGUGGUGGCAGAUUCCGGGCUGAAUUGGACAUGGCCAGACGACGAGGCCGUGAAAGCAUAUGCCGAAGUGCACCACGAUGAAUCCGUCAACACCUUGAGGCGAGCAAUAGACUUGUCUCGCGAUGGAAACCAAGGUUCUCGGCACCCAGCGAGCUUGAGCUACGGUUCGGAGGGGGAGUGGAAGCAGAGGAAGAGGAUGACGAUGACGACGACGAUGACGAUGGGAACGGGAGCAUGA